ACAGAAGCCUAUUUUAAGUGCCGAGACUGUGGUACAAAAUGCAGCGGCAUCCUCAACACUUGCACUCAAAUCCCCUGGUCAUCAUUCCAACAUUUGUCUUCCCCCGUCGUCAAAACUUCUACUUGCAGCAAGUCUGAUUAACCAUGACUAGACUCUCGUCGCCCUUGAAGCUUCUACUGCUCCUCGCAGCCUCCUGCCGAGCCCAGGACUUCACCCAGGAUCCCUCUGUCAUCUCCGACCUGUGUCCGUCCGCAACCAUCUCCACUGCCUGGUCAAGCUAUACCGAGUGCGGAAAUUCCGUGGUCAACGACAUCUGGGGAGCAGCACCGUGCGCCAAUGCCGCGACCAGCACCGACUUUGGUCCCGAGGUUGCUUCUUGCAACUGCGAUCUCUACCAACGAUUGGUCAAGAGCUGCCUGCCCAAUAUCUGCGAUAGCAAGGGCCUUGAUGAGUUCGAGACUUCCACACUGGCAGCUGUCUGCGCGUACACCACUGCCGCCGAAGGAGGACCCACUCCCACCUCCUCUAAUAUUCUCGAUGGAUUGACUACUCCUCCCACCGGCGGACGAGGUGGACCUGCCGCACCGACUUCGACGUCUAAGGGCGCUGCGCAUGAAGGAGUGGUUCCCGUUGCUGGCGGGGUCGUGAUGGGUUUUGCUGGGGCUCUGGCAGCUUUGCUGUGAGGCUGGGAUGCAGUUCUGGGAGUCUUGGAUGCUGGUCCACGGUCAGCAGGGUUCUUUCUGGUAGCUAUUGAUGCAGUCGUCCAUGGGAGAUGGUGGUUGUUUGCGGGGGGUACUUGACAGAAUGCAUUAACUUUCGAUCCAUUGCAAUUUUAUCUUGAGAUAGAAAAUCAUGAUCUCUGAAGAUCGCAACAACAUAUCCUUUCAUGUUUUAUGACAGCC